AUGUCGCACGAUAUAAAAGAGGCUCUUAUGUACGAGUUCGAUCAUAAUCUAUUCGUAGCAAAGACCAUGAUACCAAAUUUGAGGAAUGUGCAAGACAGAGAAAAUGCUGCAAAAUGGAUGAGACAUUUGAAAAAAAGUUCGAGGACGAUUGACGAAUUGAAACUGAGGAACGAUUUUAUGUAUCAUUUGGUUUUGGGUGUACAGAGAGACUCCCUUAAACCACCCUUUAAUAACCCUCCGCCAAAUAUGCCUCUCCUUUCGAUGGUGACCCUUUUACCUCAGACCGAGGGAAAAUCUGAGCAUCAAGAUCUCUGGUCGACGAGUUCCGGCGAUACUCUGGCAACCGGUGAGGUCGGACGAGCGUCGACAAGAAAACCGGAAAUCGUUCGUCGUUCGCCUGACGGUGGAGAGUUUUUGGCUGGCCAGCCAAUACCGGAUGUUGGAGCUUUUUGCUAUCUUGCGGUACUCACGAAAAAGGGAAAUUGAAUUAUUCUUCUCACUUAUCGAUCUCGAACCGAUGAUGAAAUACCGACGAUCUUUCCGAGCACCGAAGAAUUUUGCAUUUACAUUUAUUUCGUUGGACCAAAUUCUUGUUUUGUAUUUGUGUGUUGUAUGAACUUUUGUAUUUGUAAAAAGCAU